UUUUCUUGAGUUCACAUCGCAUACCAAGUCAAGAUUCGAAUCAAAAAGCUGGCUGGACAGAAACGAGGUCUUGUGUCAAGUGUAACCAAAAUGGUCAGGUUUUGGUGUGCAGUGCUAGUGGUUGUCCACUUGUGGUCCAUGAGAGUUGCUUGAAUUGUGCUGCAAGAUUUGAUGAUAAGGGCAACUUUCUUUGCCCUUUUUGUGCAUAUUCUGUUUCCAUCUCUGAGUACAUAAAAGCUAAGGACAAGAUCAUCUUGGCAAGGAAGAAACUAGUUGCAUUUAUGAGGCUUAUAGGAAAAUUUGCUCAGGAACGGAGGAGGUUUCCGAGUCAUUCAACAUUAAAUGGCGAUGAUCAUCCAACCGCUGAAAACACUGAAACUGACCCUGUAAAUCAGGUAGAAGUUGAAAGAGAUGACAUUUUAAAGGAAGCUGUAAAGCCUCAGACAACAGACGCCUGUCAGGAGCUUGUCAAUAGUGAUGAAGAGGCGUCAUGUAUCGGUGCAAAUGACAAGUUAAUAAUAUCUAACGAUACUAAAGAACAUCAGACAAAGUUCUCAUUCACUCCAUCUCGACGAUCGAAGAGAAAGAUAAUUCCAUGGACAGAUGCUGAAGAAGGGAUGCUCAGGAAGGGAGUAGAGGAGUUUACACAGGGUGAUGGAACAAUUCCAUGGAAGAGAAUUUUGGAGUUUGGUUCCAAAGUCUUUCCCAAGAAUAAAACUGCAAGAGACCUGAAGAACAAGUGGAACAGAAUGCGCCAGGAUAGUAUGAAACUGCAACAGAAGGAUGAUGUCACAGCCCUGUGAUCUUGCAUGCAAGAUGAUGUCAUUUUGAUUUCUCAGUUUAGUCAAGGGAAUUAGGUACCUAGUUGUUAUCAGAUAGUGUAUUAAGGGUAAUUAGGAAGUUGGGAGUGGCAGUUUUGAUGACCCCCCCGGUUUUUGUGUCCCUGAAAUGAAAUGUUUUGUUUGUUUGGGGCUUUGAUGGCAUUGGGAAGCGAAUGAUGUUCUUUAUAGACCCAUCUAUAUUAAAUCUGGGGUAUC